AUGGAAUCGAAGGUGAUGAAGUUGAAGCAGAAUCUGAGAUAUGGGUCUUCCAGGAAAAAGAAGGAAGAAGAAAGGUGCUUCUUGGAGAACGGAAGCAAAUUCUUAAAAGAACUCAUCGCUGAUUGUAACGGUAAAUCUAUUCCUAUACGCAGCUUUUCUUCUUCCCAGAUCUUGAAAGCCACCAACAACUUCGACUCCAGUUGUUUUGUCACCGCAGAGGGGGACUAUAAAUGGUACAAAGUUAUCAUCGAAGAUAAGUCUUACAUGAUCAAGAGAUUCGCCGAGUAUAGAGUUAUAGGACGCAGAGAUGGAGAGGCUUGCAACGACAUAAUUUUGUCUGCUAGGAUGAGCAACCACAACAACUUUCUGAAACUAUUUGGAUGCUGUCUCGAGUUUAGUUUCCCGGUCUUUGUGUUUGAAUAUGCAGAACUUGGAGUUCUGAAUUGGCAAGGAGAUACCAUGGUCAACGGGGAGGAUGCUGUAUUGCCAUGGAGUGUACGGUUGAAGAUAGCAAAGGAGAUUGCAAAUGCUGUGACGUAUCUUCACACGGCCUUCCCUAAGAUCAUCAUACACAGACACAUUAAGGUAACAAACAUUUUCUUGGACAAGAAUUGGACCGCAAAGCUGUCAGAUUUCUCGCUCGCCAUAACGCUCCCUGAGGGAGAAUCAAGAAUAGAAGUUGACGGCGUUAAAGGAACAUUAGGGUACCUAGAUCCAUUAUAUAACAGCACGGGGUUUGUGUCGGAAUAUACCGAUGUCUACAGCUUUGGUAUCUGUUUGUUGGUUUUUAUCACUGGCAGAUCCGUUGUCUUCCCUGGAUCUGGUGGAUAUCCACAGGGUAUUCUUAGCUAUGUGAGAGGGUUUUAUGAGAAGUGGAAGGUGGAUGAAGUAAUAGAUCCAAUGAUGGCGAACGACAUCACAGGUGCUCAAAGAAUGCAGAUUCAACCCUCAGGGUUAAUACUUUACUACUGUGUUCUACCUGUUGUACUGUUUACUUCAUGCCGAUUUGGCCGAGCUUAUACUGUUAGUUUUUCUUCUUCCCAAAUCCUUAAAGCCACCAAUAACUUCGACUCCAGCUGUUUUGUCACGCAAGAGGGGUUCUACAUAUGGUACAAAGGUGUCAUCGAAGAUAGAUCUUACAUGAUCAAGAGAUUCUCCGAGUAUAAAGUUACUGAUUACAGAGAAGGAGAGGUCUACAAAGACAUCGUCUUGUCUGCCCGGAUGUGCAACCACAACAAUUUUCUUAAACUACUAGGAUGCUGUCUUGAGUUCCCUUUUCCGGUUCUGGUGUUUGAGUAUGCAGAACAUGGAGUUUUGAAUAGUCGAGGAGGUAUUAUGGUUAAUGGGGAGGAAUUGUUAUUGCCUUUAAGUUUGAGGCUGAAGAUUGCGAAGGAGAUUGCAAAUUCCUUGGCUUAUCUUCACAUGGCUUUCCCUAAGAUCAUCAUAUACAGAGAUGUUAAGCCAAUGCACGUUUUCUUGGACAAGAACUGGACCGCAAAGCUGUCCGAUAUGUCGUACUCAAUAUCGCUCGACGAGGGAAAAACACAAGUAGAAGCUGAAGAAGUGCUGGGUACAUACGGCUACCUCGACCCAUUGUACUUUACAACAGGGCUUGUGACAGAAUAUACCGAUGUGUACAGCUUUGGAGUGUUUUUGAUGGUUCUUCUCACCGGCAGACCGGUUUACUUCUCAGAAUCUGAUGGUUAUCUAGAUGGUAUUCUUGGAUAUGUGAAAGGCUUACAUGAGAAUGGGAAGCUCGAUCAACUUAUAGAUCUUAUGAUGAUGAAAGACAUUUCAAGUGGUCAAAGAUUGCAGGUGGAAGCGUGUGUCUUACUUGCGCUCAGAUGCUGCGAGGAGAGGGAUGAAGACAGACCGGAGAUGAUCCAGGUAGCUAAAGAACUCAAGCGGGUUGAGACAUCAUUUUAA